AUUCUACUUAUCCAAAAUUUGGUUAGUUUUUCAAAUUUCCCCAGAAGAAUAGAGAAGUCGAUCAAGGGUCUUAUCACGCCUCCUCCUCCUGCGUGCGGCGUCUUCCCCGCUUGUUCUCCCAUCAUGUUUUCACCCUUUUGGGCUAAAAUUUUGUCAUGUCCUUUCUCAGCAGUUUGUAAACGAGAUUAAGAAAGUUGGAUUGUACAUUGCUUGGUAGGAGUGGAAAGAGGGAUGACUAUAGAGUCUUUUAUGCCGGUACUUUGAGUCUUUUAUGCCGGGUUGUGUGUAAAGUGCAAAAAUGUCAGUAACAGCAGGUGUAAGUGAUACUGUGAUUGCAGUGAGGGAUAAGCUCAGAGGUAAAAUUGGGCAAACUAAGGUUAAAAGGUAUUGGCCUGGAAAAGCUCCUGAGUGGGCAGAUGAUGCCGACGAGGAUGGGGAGUUUAGGAUGUCCAAGGUGCCCGGUUUUCCCACUCACGAUUCUGACAUUGUUAGGAAAGAUGAUCCUAGACUGCGUCGUUUGGCUGAGAGCAGGAUAGAUAAUCGUGAGGAUGUUAGAGCUGAUCAUAGGCGUAUCCGGCAAGCUGAGAUUGUUUCAACAAUUGAAGAGGAAGCCAAGAGGCAGGAAGGGUUGGAAGCAGAGGAAGAGGACGCAGAUGCCCAGGAAGAAAGAAGAAGGAAGAUUAGGGAGAGGUUGCUUCAGAGGGAGCAAGAAGAACUCCUUCCCUCAGAAGAUGAGGAAGAUGUACAGGAAGAGGAGGAAGAGGAAUCUGAGUAUGAUACUGACUCGGACGAAGAGCUUACUGGUAUGGUGAUGCUAAAGCCUGUCUUUGUUCCCAAGUCGGAGAGAGAUACUAUUGCUGAGCGUGAGCGACUUGAGGCUGAAGAAUGGGCCCUUGAGGAAUCUAGGAAGAAGAAAUUGGCGGAACGGAAGAGAGAGACAAAGCAGAUUGUGGUUGAGGAGAUUCGGAAGGAUGAAGAGAUUCAGAAGGGUAUGGAACUGGAAGCAAAUAUUGAAGAUAUUGAUACUGAUGAUGAAGUAAACGAGGCAGAAGAGUAUGAUGCUUGGAAGGCCCGAGAGAUUGCCAGGAUCAAAAGGGAUAGGGAAGAUCGGGAAGCAAUGUUGAAGGAAAAAGAAGAGAUUGAAAGGGUCAGAAACAUGACAGAAGAAGAGAGGAGGGAGUGGGAGAGAAAGAAUCCAAGACCUGCACCACGACCAAAGCAGAAGUGGAGGUUCAUGCAGAAAUAUUACCACAAAGGUGCUUUCUUCCAGUCAGAUGCUGAUGACUAUGCAGCAACGGCUGGAACUGAUGGAAUUUACACACGUGAUGUCUCUGCCCCAACUGGAGAAGAUAAGAUGGACAAAACAAUAUUACCCAAGGUCAUGCAGGUCAAACAUUUUGGUCGUAGUGGAAGGACGAAGUGGACCCAUCUUGUCAAUGAGGAUACCACUGAUUGGAACAAUCCGUGGACAUAUAAUGAUCCUCUUCGGGCAAAGUAUAAUGCUAAAAUGGCAGGAAUGAAUGUGCCUAUUGCAAAACCCAAAGGAAGCAAGAAAUUGAAGGAUUGGGAGUCUCGGUGAUUUUUAGCUGCUCUCAGUCAUGUGCAUGGAACUAGGUACUGUUUUUUGGGGUGGGGAGGAAAUUCAACACGUUACGGGUGAGUUUUUUAGAAGGCCAUUUUAAAAGGAGUAAAUGUGGAAUUUUCAAGCAAGUUUGUGGGAGAAUAAUACGCUCUUAAAUGUAUUCUUGUCGGAUUUGCUGCUCAGGGCACAUACGUGUAAGAUUUCUGGUCCUUUACGAUACUUUAGUAUAACUUGAGUUGAGAUUGUAAUUAAAUUGUAGAAUGUUUCAGAAAUUUAACUUGGAUCUCUUAUGUGCCUGCACUAUAUUUAUACAUACUAGUGGCUAGUGCUUGAACUCCUUUUGAUAUUA